ACUGUGACUCUUUACUUACUGAACCUACCUUCAAUUACAACAAACAAACAUCAUGGAUUUCGUCAACAAGCUCGCCGGCGGCGGUAACAACCAAGGCCAAUCCGUCAACGAGCAAGUCGUCCAAGGCCAGGGCUCUGAGCAGAAGUCCUCCGGCUCCGGUGGCUUCCUCGGUGGCAUCGGUGACAAGCUCAACUCCGCUGCUGGCGGCGGCAAGGAGAGCGAGAAGAACGAGGACUACCUCGACAAGGGUGUCGACUUCGUCCAAGAGAAGUUCAUGGGCCAGGGUGCUCAGGACAACGAGUCCGCCGUCGAGCAAGCCAAGGACGAACAGAUCAGCGACUUCAUCCGAGGCCAGUACAAGUCUACAACUGGCUCCGAUAUCCCCAUCAAGGACAAGGAGACUCGUCUCGGUUAAGCUGUUGAGCUGGGACAAGGCGUGAUGGUGGAUAUACCAU